AUGUCAAACAUCAACUAUGCCCGGGGUCUCGUUAUCUCCCUCUACAUUGUCUCCUGGGCCUUCACUACCAUUGCUGCCGUCUUGGCCUCGACCAACCACGGCAACAUUAUCUCCUGCACGCUGUCGAUUUUUGUGUGUCUCUCGCUUUAUGCCAUGUCCAAGAUUAUCAUCUACCUGUUCCUGAUUGAAAAGGUCUAUGUCGUUUCUUCGGUUGCUACCCUCCGGAGGGAUACCACUCUCUACAGGGUCAACAUCCUCCUCCUAACCCCCUACACCGUAAUUCUAGUCCUCAUGAUCCUCAACCGCGUCGCAGUCCUCGACGUCGACGACCAAUGCUUCAUCGGUCUCAAACCCCUCGCAUCCAUCACCCUCAUCCUCUACGACAUCUUCAUCUCCUCCUGGUUGACAAUCCUCUUCAUUCGCCCUUUGAUGUCCACAACCUCCGUUCUCCAAGGACCCUCAAAGGGAAAACUCCGUCAAGUCGCCCGAAGGACCCUCAUCGGUUCCAUCGUCGCCCUUAUCCUCUCUUCCGCGAACGUGUUUACCUUGGUCUACUUCAAGGGGUAUGAGGAUUCUGUCUUGUGCCUGUUGUCGUGCACGCUGGACGUGACCUUGAACGCAUGCGCUGUCCAUUGGGUGACUUCGAGGGCGAGGGGCGCGAGCAACUCCGACAAAGCUGGGUCGAGGGGCCAGCAUCAUAAUCCUCAUGGUGCUAUUGGACAUGGUGCCGUCGGCUACAGCAACAACUUUACGCAUCCUACCUCCAGUACCGAGAAGCAUAUGAUGCCGACCGACACUCACAUCUCAGUCACCGUCGAGUCCUAUCAAGAGUAG